AUGAGCGACGCAAGUGGCCCGGGCACCACUUGGGGGCCGAGACUCGCCGCGUCACAGCCCCGAGUGGAAAGGAUAGAAAGGAGGCGGCGGCGGAGGAGGCAAGAGCGCACGCGAGGGGAGGGAGGGCGAUCCAGGCGGGCGGCGGCGGCGGCGGCGGCGGCGCGCCCCUCGGCCCGCGCGGGCGGCCCUUCCACGCUUCGGGGACGGCUCCCCGCGAGCCAGGGGCGCGGCGUGCUCAGUCUCUGGCUCCGGCCCCGGCCCCUCGGCUCGCCCGCCUUCCCUGACCGCCCUGAGGCCAGCAGCGGCCGCCACCUGAGACACAGGGGGCGCCGCGCCGCGCGGACCGCGCCCGCGAAGUUCCGCGCCCGGGUCUCCGCACCGCAGGGCGCCGGCGCUCGGCCCCGCGAAGGCGUCCUGGGAAGAGCGGCGGAGCAAGGCGAUGGAACCCGCAGAGUCCGCAGGCCGGGGCCGGGGCCGGGGCCGGGGCCGGGCCGGGCCCGGGCGGCCGCCGUCAAGCUGUCAGAGGCGGUGGGCGCAGCGCUGCAAGAUCCCCGGCGGCACCGGCGCCUGGUGCUGGUCAUCGUGUGCGUGGCGCUGUUCCUGGACAACAUGCUGUACAUGGUCAUCGUGCCCAUCGUGCCCGACUACAUUGCCCGCAUGCAAAAGGCCAGCAGGCCCACCCCGAGCACCGAAGUGUCCCCUCUGCAGCUGACCACUCCAGCCGGUGUCGGCGCCCACAUGGGCAACACUUCCGAGUCCCCGACGGCAGCGACGGAGAAUGAGGACGUGAAGAUCGGGGUGCUGUUUGCCUCCAAGGCCAUCCUGCAGCUGCUGGUGAACCCCCUGAGCGGGCCCUUCAUCGACCGUAUGAGCUACGAUGUGCCGCUGCUCAUCGGCCUGGGCGUCCUGUUCGCUUCCACCUUGCUGUUCGCGUUCGCGGAGGACUACGCCACGCUCUUCGCUGCGCGCAGCUUGCAGGGCCUGGGCUCGGCCUUUGCGGAUACGUCCGGCAUUGCCAUGAUCGCCGACAAGUAUCCCGAGGAGCCCGAGCGCAGUCGCGCGUUGGGCGUGGCUCUUGCCUUCAUCAGCUUCGGAAGUCUAGUGGCGCCACCCUUCGGGGGCUUCCUCUACCAGUUCGCGGGCAAGCACACGCCCUUUCUGGUGCUGGCCGCUGUUUCGCUGCUCGACGCGCUUCUGCUGCUCGUAGUGGCCAAGCCCUUCUCCGCCGCGACGAGGGCGCGGGCCAACCUGCCGGUGGGCACACCCAUCCACCGCCUCAUGCUGGACCCUUACAUCGCGGUGGUGGCCGGGGCACUCACCACCUGCAACAUCCCCCUUGCCUUCCUCGAACCUACCAUCGCCACGUGGAUGGAGCACACGAUGGCGGCAUCUAAAUGGGAGACCGGCAUGGCCUGGCUGCCAGCCUUUGUGCCGCAUGUGCUAGGCGUCUACCUCACCGUGCGCCUGGCGGCGCGCUACCCGCACCUGCAGUGGCUCUAUGGAGCACUCGGGCUGGCAGUGAUCGGAGCCAGCUCCUGCAUGGUGCCUGCCUGCCGCUCCUUCGCACCGCUAGUGGUCUCGCUCUGCGGCCUCUGCUUUGGCAUUGCGCUAGUUGACACGGCACUGCUGCCCACCCUCGCCUUUCUCGUGGACGUGCGCCACGUCUCGGUCUACGGCAGCGUCUAUGCCAUCGCUGACAUCUCCUAUUCCGUGGCCUAUGCGCUCGGGCCUAUAGUGGCGGGCCACAUAGUGCAUUCGCUCGGUUUUGCGCAACUUAGCCUUGGCAUGGGCCUGGCCAACCUGCUCUACGCGCCCGUCCUGCUGCUGCUGCGCAACGUGGGCCUCCUGAGGCGCUCCCGCUCGGAGCGCGACGUGCUGCUGGAGGAGCCACCGCAGGGUCUGUAUGAUGCUGUGCGCCUGCGUGAGCGCCCGGUGUCGGACCCGGACGGCGCACCCCGAAGUCCUUCGGGCCCCUUUGACGAAUGCGAGGACGUCUACAACAAUUACUACACCCGCAGCUAG